AUGAGGUCUCUUAAAAAAAAACAACAAUAUAUAUAUUCGGUGGACGAUGAGGAGCAUAGCAGCACUAACUUGGAGUUCCUCAUCCCUCAUGACUUAGUGGACGGCUUUGUCAAUAACAAGAACGAGACCUACAGGUUCAAGUUUCAUAAGGUCUUUGAUCAGGAGCCAAACAGGAGGACGUCUUUUGAAAAUAUUGCAACGCCGAUGGCCGACAGUGUCCUGUCUGGGUGCAAUGGCACUAUCUUUGCGUAUGGGCAGACGGCCAGUGGGAAGACCUUCACUAUCACAGGGGGAGCAGAGCGGUACAGCGACAGAGGCAUGACCCCCCACACACUUUGUUUCUCGCUCCUUCUCUUGGAACAGGACAGCACUAAAGUCUACACAACCCAUAUUUCUUACUUGGAGAUCUAUAACUUAUGUGGGUACGAUCUCCUGGAUCCAAGACAUGAGGCUUCCAGGCUGGAGGAUUUGCCGAAGGUGUUCAUCAUAGAGGACCCAGAGCAGAACAUCCACCUAAAGAACCUGUCAUCUCAUCAGGCAGCCAAUGAGGAGGAGGCUCACGACCUGCUCUUUCUGAGAGACACCAAAAAUCAGACCCCGAUGAACCAAGCCUCCUCCCGCUCCUGCUGUAUCUUCACGAUCCACGUGUCCGGCCGCGAGCUGGGCUCUGCCACGGUGUGGCAUUCUAAACUGCACCUGGUGGACCUGGCUGGGUCCGAGCGCGUGGGUAAGACAGGUGGGGGGGGGGGGCAGCUGCUGACCGAGGUCAAGUACAUCAACCUGUCGCUGCACUAUCUGGAACAGUAUUUUUUUUCUUGUGUUCCUCCCGCUCUCUCUGAGAAAAAUCGCUCCCACAUUCCCUACCAGAACUCCAUGAUGACCUCAGUGCUGUGGGACAGCCACAGCCUGGGUGGAAACUGCAUGACUACCCUGAUCACCACGCUGUCCAUGAAGAGGAACAUAGAUGUUUCGAUCUCAACAUGUCGCUUCACACAGAGAGUAGCGCAAAUCAUGAACGAGGUUGUGCUCACUGAAGAGCUGGACCCAAGACUGAUGAUCACCCAACUGAAGAGAGAGAGAGAGAUCCAGGCACUGAAGGACAAAUUCGCCAUGGUGACCAGAGAGCAGAGAACUGACCAACUCACAGCUCCAAAAGUAAUACUACUGGAGGAGAGAAUGGAGGCGUUCAUGGAGGACUCUGACCCUGACGCUGCUCUGGAUGUGGGUGCUGUCAUGUGUAAGAUCCAGCACUGCUUCCAUAAGCGGAAAGGAGAUUCCAGUGUUGCUGUUGUCCCUUCUGCUUCAGACCUGAGAGCUCCUGGAAAGCUGGUCUCCCCCGUUCCUCUGACCGGGGACCAACAGACCGACUCAGACAUCCUGGCUUUUGCCCAGGCCAGACAGAACCUCCUGCAGAGGAAAGGUGCCACAACUGAGCUCUCAGAGGAGAGCAAGAAAAGAAUGGGACAUGGAGCUGCAGUGGUUCUACACCUCAGUCAAAGAAUCAGUGAUCCAAACCACAAGCUCUACUUUGACAAUUACUUCACCACAUAUAAUGUGAUAGAAGUGCUGACAGACAAGCGGAUCCAUGCAGCAGAAACAGCAAGAAUCUGCCGCUUUGCCAAUCCACCUCUCAAAUCAGACAAGGAGAUGUCCAAGAAGGAAAGAGAGGAGGAUGAGGUUGAGAGGUGGGACAAGAAAGAGUAA